ACUCCCAUCACCCCCAAACCAUCACUUCUCCAACAACCAAAACCCUUUACCCUCUGCCUUCUACGAGCUCCUAUCCAACUUCUUUUGGAAAAUGGCUUCCAAGUCCUUGGCUUCCACAUCCCUCCUCCUCGCUCUCAACCUCCUGUUCUUCACCUUGGUCUCUUCCACAAGUGUCCCCUGCCCACCACCUCCUUCUAAGCCUACGCCCACUCCCUCACCUUCUUCUGGAUCAAAAUGCCCCAUCAACACACUCAAGCUCGGUGUGUGCGCUAAGGUUCUUAACGGCCUGAUCAACGUCUCUCUCGGCAAGCCACCAAAGAAGCCUUGCUGCACCCUUCUUGAGGGCCUUGUGGACCUCGAGGCUGCCGUAUGCCUUUGCACUGCCCUCAAGGCCAGCAUCUUGGGCAUCAAGCUCAACGUCCCUGUCGACCUUAGCUUGCUUCUGAACUACUGCGGCAAGAAGGUCCCAGCAGGCUGGAAGUGCGCUUAAGGCUGCUUGGCAUCCUUCUGAAAUAAUCCAUCUUCACUCGUUUGUUCCUUGUAUUGGUCUUUAAUUGGUUGUGGAAUGAGUUUUGGUUCUUUGGGUAUAUGUGGUGUCGUUGUUUGGUCUAUUGGUUUGGAGUGGAAGAUCAUCAAGCCUUCCAUUUCCGGUGAAAAUAAGGGUUUUAAGGUCUGUUGUCGGCAAUGCAUGGCUUGGGAGAAGAAUUAUGUUUGUGACUUUAUAAGACUUUCUUUGUAAUCUGUCAUUUCGAUUGCAAUUCCACUAGGGAUGGCAAUUUUCCCCUGUAUCUCCUUCAUUACCUUAAUGAAAUCAUUAUUCCUCUAUUUGUUUCCCUAGGAAAAAAAA